AUGUCGCGAGAGCAGCGAUCGAAAUUAAAAUGGACAGAGCAAAUGAAUACAGAUCUGCUAGAAUGUAAGAAGAGAGCGAUGGAAUUCCUUAAAUCGGAAAACCUGCCAUGCCAUGUGAACGGCAGAAAGAAAGGCUAUAUACAAGUUAUGAAAGAUCUGUGGGACAAGAGAGGAUACGAACAUCUUGGAUUGAAGAGCCAAAACCUGCGAGAUCAAGCCGCCAGGCUUGAGAAAAUUAACGCUACAGCUGAGACUCGUCCUAUCGGUAAGGUAAGCGGCGGAGCGGUUAUCGAUGACGAAAGAGAGCAGACAUUAGAUGAAAACCAGAGAAGGCACAACACGAUUUCACAACAUGAAUUUAGCAAUUUUGAAAAUCAAAACACCAUUAGUCAAAAUGCAAAUUUGGAGGUAAACAGCAAUCUGGAUUUGCAUACAGACAAUGAUAUUGUCCAAAACAGUCACGAACGGCAAGAAACCGAAGCUGUAGAGAGCUUUGAAGUGGCCAAUGACUGUCCUGGUGAACCACACGCCGGCAUACAUGAAGCAGGACGUUUACCCGACUAUGUUGCUGUUGAUAUACCAUCGAUUACCAUCUGGGGACGCAGAGCGGACGGCUCAAUAAUUACGUUCAACUCGUCAACCAUAGUUAAUGCAUACGAUGAAAUUACGCGAUGGCGUAAAAAUACCUUUCUCGUCCCGUAUGGCAAAGUUGGGCGAGACUUUAUCGACCAGCUAACACAACAUAUAAACGAUUGGAACAACCA